AUGGAAACUACUGGUGGGGGGCAAGCUCACGAGCCAUCCGUACAUCGCAUUGUUUGUCUCAGUGAAAUUGCCUCCACUGUCAGCCCACUUUACCGCUACUUUUCCUUUCCAGUUCGUCAUAGUAAGAGUGCAAAAGAGCCUUACGUACCUCCUUGCAUUCGCUGCCCGAAUUGCAAAGGAUGUCAGCUGCAUUUGCAGUUCUGCAGCGGAGCCUACGGGAUGCGACAUGUUCUGGCGUGGAUUCUCCGCAGGCAACCGCCAAAAGCGGGAAAACCUUGGGCCAUCAAGCUGCAUUGUGAUACAGGAGAGAAUGAGGACAACACCCUUUCCAGAUGUUCUGUGUGUCGCUUCGAAGUGGGCCCUGCGGUUAUCACAAAUCACAUCAUUCAUUGUUCGCGGGAGCAAACGAGGGAAACCGCGGAGCGAGGAGGGCGUACUGGCACCUUUGCCGGCAUGGCAUGCCCUCGGCCACUGAACUUUAUUGAUGUUUACUACAGCAUCUUCCUUGCCACCACUCAGAAAGGAAGAGAGAAGAAAAAAUUUAGGAUUGUGCAGCGUACCGCAAUGCGGGCCGUCGCAGCACAAGCAAGGGCACUCUGGGAAAAACUUACCUUCUCUCAAGAGAGGUAUAGUAAGCAGAGGUCAGAAGAAAUAAAAGCAAAGACUGGGGAAGCGGUUGGUCCUCGGCGUGUCCCAGUUGACUGGAGGUGCCCUUGGUUUUUCCUUUCACUUCUUCCGUGUGCUUUGGUGGGCAACGGAGGUAUCACGUUUCGCUUGUGGCUUUGCGAGUUUGACCGCCACAUGAUCACUUCAUACAUCAUUGAAGAUGGAGACUUCUGGCGAGCUAAGCACACGUGCGCCUCGCGAAACGAAACGAAUACUUCGGAGUGCGUUGACGCCACAGCCCCUGCCUCGCACCUCAAUUGGGAGGGCGAAGUGAAGUGCCGGCGCUGCUACCCCCCCGAGUGCUCCUGGGGACUCAUCUCCAGGCGCCACCGAGAAGAGCAAGAUCCGAGGCUUACCAUCCUGCGGGUACGUCGCGGAUGUAUCAAACGGGGGGUAACACGACGGGCGAUGCAAUGUCGUCAUGGCGGCGAUUGGGGCCCCGGCAGAAACGAUGUGGCAUGGGUUAAUAAGCACAAAACACGUGCUCAGUUUAUGGCGCUCUUGGUUGCAUACUUGAUGCGCACAACAGUCUGUGGACCGUACAGGCAGCGUCAUAUCACUUCAGCCCCUUCUUUGCCGUCUGGAGCCCCUUCAGAAGUGAUCUUGGGCACCCUCUGA